AUGGCGGCGGCCCCAGUGGUUCACUACACAUCCUAUGCCAGCAUGUCAUCCUUACUGGCUUUUGCCCGAGGUUGGAUCCUGAUCUCUGACUUGAAUGGCGACCGCGUCUGCUCGGAGAAUGCCAUGCCUCCAGCCCGCUUCGUGCCCUCGGAGCAGUUGCUGCCAUCGCUGGUCCUCUUCUGCCGCAGCUGCCUGAUCCUGGCUGCAUGCAAUGUCUCGGCUCUGUAUUUCCUGGUCCAGCAAGGCAUGAACUCAGCUGUGCUCGCGCUGGCCCUUGGGAUGGGCAUUGCGCAUUGCCUGGUACUCCAUCAGAAGCUAGCCUCCUGGACUGCAGGGAUCCGGAACGACCAGGCGCUGGAGGAGGGCUGCCUCCUGCGUUCCCCCGAAGCUGGAUUGCUCCCAAAGGUUUUUGGAGCCUUGGCUGUGGUGCUGCUUGUCGGGACUGGGGUCGCUGUUGGAUCCGCCUUUGCCGUGGUCCUUAUGGCGUUGGCUCUUCACACCCAGCAGCUACACGCAGCUUGUGCCGGCCUCGCAGAGUGGCGGGAACCGCAGAUCCGAUGCAAGGAGUACCACAAGGUUGCUACAGAGCUGCUACCCCAGUCUGUGGAGCUUCCCCAACUCUCCAAAAACCGGGCCUUGAAGCUUGCGGGCACUCACUACUUUGCUGCCUGCUUGGUGAUUCUGGCUGCAACAGCCCUAGGUCUGGCUGCACUAGAUAGCUGCCAGCGCCGGGGCGAACUGGUGGACUUCUCCUUCGAUCGUGGACAUCUUAUCUAUCCUGCUGAGGGCCAGGCCUUCCACAGCACCCUCCUCCUGGAUGAAACCGUGGACUCCGUCGUCCUGAGCAUCCAAGCAGGACAGAACACGCAACAGAUUCAAUUGAGCCUCGAGCACCCUCUGUUGGCCGUGAACGAGAGCCUGCACACUCUGGGGAAGGAGAAGUCCGGCGAGUUUCAGCUCUUCCUACCCGCUGGACCUCUUUAUAGCCGGAUCUCGCUCACUGCGUUGGCCAUGGGCUCCUUGGCACACACCUCCUACGUGUUCCAUGUGCUUCGGAGAGGAGACGCCGUCAAGGUGUCGAUCCAGGGUAGCUUUGAUCCCAAGAAGUAUCCUGGAAUCCGAUCACAAUUUGAGGAAACUCGCAGGCUUUCGUACCUGCUUGAACACCCAAACUGGUACAUCCCGGACAUCUCACGCCUGAAUACCAACUUUGCGGUCUCCUUUUCACCGGUCAUUUUUGCUCCAUUGGUUGCGCAGGCGCGUGCAUCUGCAGACGCAAUGGGCAUUGCAGAUUCAUGCGAUUGUGGUAACGACACCGCUGGCUAUGGCAAUGCUUGUGCCUGGCAGAAGUUCACCAACAUCUCAGGGAGCGGGGCCCGCUGCAUCUUCUCGUACAAGACGCUCCCAGAGCUGGUUCUGCAUCAGCCCGGCAGCGUGGCAGGGGACAGUUUUGGCCUGGCAUCAUGGCUAGCGGACGUUUCCGUGAGUGGGCGGAGCGUGGCUUUCCUUCCUUGGGCUGGGAAUGACAGAGGCACGACGGCGGAGAGCGGUUUGAUUUACUUCAAUCCAGAAGAAGCAUCAGACAGUGAGCGCCGGAAAAAGCUGGAGGUCACCUUCACAGUGUCAAUGCCGCUGCAGCCGCUGAUCGGAGAGCCUGCGCAGCUCCUGAUCGCGACAACUGCGGACCCUACGGAUGCAGAAGCGACCUCAAUCCCUGUUGCCCUCAUCCCCCACGCGCCACCCAUCCGAUUGCAGCCCACGGAGUUUCUCACGCCCGCCUUUGACAUGCAGGACAUGCAGAAAGACUAUGCUUGGUGCAGCUGGGAGACUGUGCACCAGAUGACUGGCCACGUCGAGGAUGAGCGCUUCGCUGUGGAAGCCAGGCGCAUUGACACCAAGGAAGCUUGCGAGGGUGAUGUGAGAGGCAUGGAGUUCCAGGCGGUUCGGGUCGGGUCCUGCAUGGACUGGUGCGGCCUUUACACCCCCCGGGCAGAGACUUACGACCUCGCCGUGGUUCGAUCAGGCCUCCGCUGCCUCAAGAACGCUGUCGUCGCGAACAACUUUGAAGUCCUCCAGCGGGUCAUGUCGGGCAGCAUGCUAAGUGACGACAAAAAAGCGUGCGUGCAGCAGCUGGGUCUGCUGGGAGAUGCAAUUCGUCGGAACCGUACUGCUGCAGCCAAAACGCUGGUGGAACACAAGGUGGACCCCAGCAAGGCCAGCCUGGGUGAGAUGCCUUUGGCCAUUGCUGCCGAAGUUGGGAACACAAAGACCCUUAACUUUCUCUUGGCACAGAAUGUGUCGGUGGAUCAAAGAGACUCCAAAGGGGAGACGGCCCUCUUUGCAGCCAGCAGACACUGCCGGCUGGAAAGCGUGAAGCUGCUGCUGGGGCACCAUGCCAGUGCGAACGCAGAGAGCCGCCAGCGCCUCCGUGACCUUGCCGAGUGCAAUGAGACCGUGCUGGUUGCAGUUCUCAAAGGCUACGAUGCGGCAAGCUGCAGCGCCGCAAAGGCCUUGGAUGGCGUGGUAAAGCUGCUGGAGCAGCAUGGAGCCAACUUCCAAGCCAGGGGUUGCGACUUCGAAGGCAACAUGCUGAAGCACAGCCUUGUGGAACAAGACCUGACGGUGAUGCGGCUGCUUCUGGAGCGCAGGGUGGAUGUCACAGGCGCCUACUCUGAGGAACUUGUUCGGGAGAUGCUGACUCUUGUGCAGCAGCUGCAGCCCAGUUUCCUAGCUGCAGCCCUGAAGAUGCUAAAGGAGAAGGGCAUGGACCUGGACCAACAGGCGGGCGAAUACAAGGAGACCCUGCUGACGACCUUUGCCUUGAUGUGCAAAGUGGAGCUGGUUCGAGUCUGCUUGGAGGAAGGCGCCAGCCCCUCCGCUGUGAAUGGACGUGGGAUAAACGCGUCCGCAGCCGCAGCCGCAUCUCGCUGUCGCAACAAGACGGCAGAAGCCGAGCUGUUACAACUGCUCGCUGAUCACAGCUCCAGUGGAGAUCCCUGA